AAACCGAGCUUACCCCUUGCAACCCGGGCCUUUUUUUUUUUCCGCGCUCCCGACAUGCAACUCACACAGGAAAAGGAGCCGACGCCGAGAGGUGGAGUGCGCCGAUCGCUUCCUGCUCGCCGGGAGGGCCGGCUGGUGUGGGGGCGCUGCCGCGGAUCCUUGUCCCCGUCCCCGAUGCGCUCCUGGUGAAGCCUUUGCAGAAAAAUGUCCAGGUGAUGAAGGGUAGCUGUCAUGACGGAGUCAGGGAUGAAACUCCAGAGAGUUCAGCUGAAAUGCAAGAACCUUCAUGAAUACCUGCGGGGUCUCAGCCCUGGGAUUUUAGAUCGGCUGUAUAAUCAUCCUGCCACUUGCCUUGCUGUCCUUCGGGAACUGCCCGGGUUAGCCAAAAAUUAUGUCAUGCGGAUGCUUUUUCUGGAACAGCCUCUUCGUCAGGCAGCUGUGGCCCUGUGGGUGAAGAAGGAAUAUGUCAAUGGGAGUGUUUUCUUCUUGGGAACAAGAGAGAGCUCGGAUAUCCUGCUGGGACUGCGACUUUGGCACACACAGCUACUUCCAGGUGGGCUCGAAGGCAUCGUCUUGAACCCCAUCUUCAAGGAAAACCUGCGCAUUGCUCUCUUGGGAGGAGGUAAGGCCUGGUCCGAUGAUACCAGCCAACUGGGCCCAGAUAAGCAUGCCCGAGAUGUCCCAUCUUUGGACAAGUAUGCAGAAGAAAGGUGGGAGGUCAUCCUGCAUUUCAUGGUAGGCUCUCCUAGUGCAGCAGUGAGUCAGGACCUGGCUCAACUGCUGACUGAAGCUGGCCUGAUGAAGAGCAGUGAGCCUGGGGAACCUCCCUGCAUCACAUCCUCCGGCUUCCAGUUCCUGUUGCUGGAUACUUCAUCACAGCUGUGGUACUUCAUGCUCCAGUAUCUCCAGUCAGCAGAGACCAGGGGCAUGGACUUGGUGGAGAUUCUUUCCUUCCUCUUUCAGCUCAGCUUCUCCACGCUUGGCAAGGAUUAUUCUGUGGAAGGAAUGAGUGAUUCUCUUCUGAACUUCCUUCAGCAUCUCCGGGAAUUUGGCCUGGUGUUUCAAAGAAAGAGAAAAUCCAGGCGUUACUAUCCCACCCGCUUAGCUAUUAAUCUUUCCUCCGGCAUCUCAGGUACCACCGUGGACACCCAUAACCAAGGCUUUAUCGUGGUGGAGACCAACUACAGGAUCUAUGCAUACACAGAUUCAGAACUACAGAUUGCACUAAUUGCCCUCUUCUCUGAGAUGCUGUAUCGCUUCCCUAACUUGGUGGUGGCGCAAGUCACCCGGGAGAGCACACAGCAGGCCAUUGCCAACGGGAUCACGGCCGAUCAGAUCAUUCACUUCCUACGGACACGAGCUCACGCCGUGAUGCUGAAACAGACCCCUGUACUGCCCCCCACAAUCACAGAUCAGAUCCGGCUGUGGGAACUGGAACGGGAUAGACUGCGCUUUUCUGAGGGUGUCCUAUACAACCAGUUCUUAUCCCAGGUGGACUUUGAGCUGCUCCGUGACCAUGCCAAGGAACUUGGGGUCCUGGUUUUUGAGAACCCAAUCAAGCGUCUCAUGGUGGUGACUCCCGCCGGCCACUCAGACGUCAAGCGCUUCUGGAAGCGUCAGAAACACAGUUCAUGAAGGCAUUGAUUGUACUCCGUGUUCUUCUGAUCAUGCUUGUUGGAAAGUGGACCAAACAGAAAGGCAGGAAUAUUCUUUCCCUCCCAUUACUUCGAGUGGAUGCAAGACAGGCGGAGAGAAGGAAAACAGGGGUGAUUAUCCCUUUUCAGCCAAAAAGAUUCGAAACUUGCUUUUUUUAAAAAAAAAAAAAAAAAGCUCAUUGGUUCAGUCUAAGUGUCACCUUUGCAUCAACACUCUCCGGUAGGAAUGACACCCUAGCUGGGAUGAAACACUGGCAUUGAAAUAGGUUAGAAGUGAACAAUGAAAUGCUUUGAGAAAA